AUGCUGACUGUCUCGCAGGUGCACACACACAAAGGCGAGGCCACGUUCUCGGGCGCACUGUCGGUGCGGGAGGGCAGUUUCACCUUCGACGAUGGGAAUCCCCAUUCCACUUUGCUGCUGUUGCUCAUCUGCCUGUUGAUGGUCUUCUUCUUUGUCAUGUUGGUUUGUCUACUCGUUCCGCCGGGCCGCGAGCUGAUCGACCUCGGCUACCGUUUGCUCUGUCGUCAAGUGCAAUUGCUGUCGGCCAUUUUGUUGCCACGGCCCGACGGACUGACGGACACGACGCGUUCGGGCAUGCGGACAAGUCAACUCGCCGGCAGCGAUGAUCCUUCGCCGCGCCACAGAGUGGCCGGGCCGGUACCGAAAUGCCGGGCCGCCGAGCGUGUGUCGUCGAGGCGAAGCGGUCGAGACCGGUCACCUCGUCUGCCAGCCGACGCCGACGCCGACGCCGACGCCGACGCUGACGCCGACGGCAACUGGACCGGGUCGUCGGGAGGCUGUCCCCCCUCGAGGGUUGGUAGUGACGACGACGAACACGAGCACAACCACGACAAGGCGUAA